AAGAGCUCAUCUUCAUUAUUUCUAGGCAAAAUAGAGCAAUUCCUGGGUUAGCUCCUCAAUUUGUAGCCAGACGGGGUAUUUCUAUGCCUCAAUUGGUUAUAUAACAUUGGGACGUUGAUUUUUAAACUCCAAUGUCGAGUUAACAUCCAUUGCGGCCACCUACAUUCGUCAUUCUUGAUGCCAAAUAUGAUUCCAAUUGGUUUACCCUCAAGAUGGAUCUGCUCAAGAUGUAUCCGGGAUACUAGGAUAUUGCCAGCAGUAUCCUCUCGAUAUCGCCAGUCAGUUCUGCGACGGUAUUCAACUGAUAGUGGCCAACCAGCGGAGGGGGCAGCAGACUUAGACAGAGUUCGGAAUAUCGGGAUCAUUGCUCAUAUCGAUGCUGGUAAAACAACGACUACAGAGCGAAUGCUCUAUUACAGUGGUAUAACUAGGAGAAUUGGGAACGUCGAUGAUGGGUCCACGGUGACUGACUUUCUUCCGGCCGAAAGAGCUCGGGGCAUCACGAUUCAAUCGGCCGCUAUCACUUUCGAUUGGCCUCCUAGACCAUCAGAACAACAUUCAAUCCCAACGCCUAAAGAGUUAACCGCGAAAGGGCUUCCCAGAUCGGCUGCCCCACAUACCGUCAAUCUUAUCGACACUCCCGGACACGCAGAUUUUACUUUUGAAGUUUUACGGUCUCUCCGGAUCCUUGAUGGUGCAGUUUGUAUUCUAGAUGGGGUGGCAGGAGUCGAAGCACAGACAGAGAAGGUCUGGAAUCAGGCUUCAACAUACCAUAUCCCACGUAUUGUAUAUAUUAAUAAACUUGAUCGCGAUGGAGCUGCUUUUGGGCGAACUGUCCAGGAAGUAGGAUCGAAGUUAGAUAGCUGGCCUGCCGUCUGCCAAAUCCCAUGGUUUGAAUCUGCCUAUGGUCGAUUCCAGGGCGUUGGCGACGCGAUCUCUCUUCAAGGUCUCCUCUGGCAGGAAGGUGGUGAUGGCAAGAAAAUCGCAGUGUCAACCUUGGCUAAGCUAGAGAAAAUAGAUGAGGUGUUUGCAUGUGAGUUAAAGAAAGCGCGGGUUGCUCUUGUUGAACUUCUGAGCGAACAUGACGAAGUGAUGGUUGAAAAUUUCUUGGAACAUAACGAGGAUCAUCUGGCAGUCAAGCCAAUUGAGAUCCUGGAGAGCCUCCGAAGAUGCCUCCUCGACUCAGAACAGACAAGAGUCAUUCCCGUGUUCGCCGGAGCAAGCUUCCGAAAUAUCGGCGUUCAACCUCUGCUUGAUCAGGUAGUGAACCUUCUUCCAAGUCCCAAAGAACGCCCGGAUCCAGAAAUUAGUAUUGGCCCAGUCAAGGGGGGUUUGCAAAGCCUAUUAAAUGGCGACCUCAUUUUGCAAGAGAACAAGAAACUUGUCCCAGAAAAGAAGAAGAAGCAUGUUUCCCCUUACUCGGUGGCCCAAACAGCCAUUGAAAAGCUUGAAGGAUGCGCUCUUGCUUUCAAGGUAGUCAGCGAUGCCAAGAGAGGCGUCCUGGUUUAUGUUCGAGUUUACUCUGGGUCAAUCAACCGAAGCGCAUCUCUGUUCAACACGCACCUUAACCUAUCAGAACGUGCUCCUCGCCUUCUGAAAAUGUACGCUUCGGAGGCGAUGGAAGUCCAAUCAAUCCCAGCAGGGCAUAUCGGUGUUAUAGUUGGACUGAAAUAUGCACGGACUGGCGAUACACUGCUUUCGUACCCAGGAAUCAAGACCGGUCCUCCAGAACCGCUCAAUAAACUACAACUACGUCCGAUAGCUGUUCCACCACCGGUGUUCUUUGCGAGCCUUGAACCUCACAGUCUAAGCGAGGAAAAGCACCUUCAUGAAAUGUUAGCAUUGCUGCUACGAGAAGACCCUAGCCUCCACGUUACAAUUGACGAAGACUCUGGCCAAACCCUAUUGAGCGGGAUGGGUGAGCUGCAUCUUGAGAUCGCUAGGGACAGGCUAGUUAAUGACUUCAAGGCCAAAGUCACUAUGGGUCAAAUUGAAAUCGGUUAUCGUGAAUGCAUAUCCGAAACGUCACCCUCAAUAACUAGAGUCUUUGAUAGAGAAAUUGCGGGUCGGAAGGGGAAAGCAGGCUGUGCAGUAGUGGUUGAACCCUUCAAUCCAGACGAAUUCGGUGAAGAACACAUUAAAGCGCACGAAAAUUUUCUUCUUGAUGAAAAGCACGAUGGAAAUCGCAUCACAAUCCUCGCCCCGGGUCUUAUCUCCAACCAUCAUAGCUACAAAAAGCCGAAAGUAUCGGAAGACAUCCUUCCCAGCCACCUUGAUCUCGCCGCGAUCAAAACAUCCCUAUACAACGGCUGCCUUGCCGCGCUAUCCCGCGGCCCCAAAAACUCAUUCCCCCUCCACAAUACACACGUGACGGUCACAUUCGAUCUAAACACCGAUUUGUUCGGAAAUGAGACUACACCAUCUGCUUUAUCCGCCGCCGCACGUCUCGCCACUCAGUCUGCCCUGAAGGAGGUGGCAUCAACAGCGGUCCUCAUGGAGCCGGUCAUGCAUGUAACCAUCAGUGUCCCAGAAACGAACAUGGGCGUAGUCGUACACGACAUAUCAUCGGCUCGAGGUGGGCACAUUCUAUCUCUCGACGAUGACGUCGAGGCGUCUUCUUCACCACCAGCAUCAAGUAAUGACGAUCUACUCCCAAUCGAUGUUUCCAAAAUCUACGUACCCCCCGACCAAUAUGGAUCGACAUCAACAGCUGCUAGUAACAACAACUUGAAUCCAAUGCGGACUAUAACCGCUAAGGUGCCACUGAAGGAGAUGGUAGGGUAUCUGAAGCAUUUACGGAGUUUAACUGGCGGGAGGGGAACGUUUGUUAUGAGCGUCGAUAGGUUUGAGAAAAUGGGGAGCCAGAGGGAGAGGGCGGUUUUGACAGGUUUGGGGAGGAUGUAAAAGAGUUUUGUAAAAUAUGUCUUUCUUCUCUUCUCUUUUCUUUCUUCUUUCCUCCUAUUCUUUCGUUUGAACGGUUGGCUUGUUGUGCUAUGUAUAUUCUGCAUUUUUUCCUAGCAUUGCCCUCAAUGGACCGGAAGAUGAAUCGAAAAGGUGAGUUAUCACCCAUUCAUUUGCAGCAGAAUAUGUCGAAGGAGCAUUCUUUCUCAGACUUCACGAUCUCGUAUAGAACAAAUGACAAGUUCUCGUUCUCUACAUAGGAUAUCUAGUUUGAGCUAUUAGAAUCAGAUUAAAUUUUGAAUUCCUCCAGAGCGCUCGCUACUUACCAUCAAAGACUGAAUAUCAACAAACGAGCGAACAAUCUCAAUACCAAUACCAUAUUCGCCAUCUUUGAACCCGGACCUCUUGCAACUGCAUAGUCGGGAUAGCUUCAAUUGCCUAGACGGCCGCAUAAUGCCAUCAAACGUAUCCGAGAGAAACAAGCUUCGGUCAAACCAUCCUCAGAAAUCUACAGGCCCACUUAUGUUCCAGAAUCCGCUGCACGGGCUGAAGGGGGAGUACUUACCAGACACUUAAUUAGUCGCAGGGUCUCGAUAUCCCGCGGCCGUCCACUAGACUCUUAGUCUGUCUUCCUUGCCGUGCAUAAUCUUGGGACUAUAUGAAGCGCCUAGUGUGGUGCGUGCCGCAAGCCUCCUACCCUAAUAGGGGCAUUGCGGGAAACGCGUUCAGAGGACUUAUGGGGAAGGAUUUUGAAGGGAUUAAGAAAACCUUCGCCGAAUAUUUAUUGGGAAUAUCGUCAGAUAGUCUCAUACCCUCGACAAGACUAAGAACAUUAUGUUUUAUAUGCAAGUAUACUCGGAUAUCUUAACACCUCAUACCAAGAAGUGUAGGGAUGAGGGACAGUUUAAUCAAGGCACAAUAAUAAAGAAGACCAGGAAGAAGAGACCCAAAACCACUAUCAUCUAGACAGAAGUAAAAACAGAAGGAAAAAAAAGACGCAGGGGAGAGAAAUCCGAUUCAGCCCAUUAAUUCUAACUUCGAACAAGAAAGAAAAAGAAAAGAGCACAAAAAAAUCUACCAAUUAUCAUCCCAACCACCCCCACCCCCAUCAUCCUUCCCCGUUGUGCCCGUCCCACAGCUGCCAGUGCCAGCUCCAGCUCCAGCACCAGUACCACCGCCAGAAGGAGCUCCUCCCCCACCACUCCCUCCCCCUCCCCCUCCUCCUCGCAUCGCCGUUGUCCCAAUAGCUCCAGACCUCCUCCUCUCCUCACCUAACGCUGCAAAAUCAUCCCAAAAGUCCUUUCUCUCAGGCUCCAAUGUUCGUCUUUGGGAUCCAAAGGCAGAUCCGGGCCCACCUGACGCCGAUCCUGAUGAUGGUGGCCCUUCGACAAAGCGGGUGAGGGCGUCAGCGGCGCCGCGUGUACCAGUUGCUACAUUUCGUGACACCUCUGCGGCGGCGAGACGGGCUUGUGCGGCUAGGUCGGUUUCGGCGAGCUGUUUCGUCUUAAUUUGUUAGCAAUUUUUUGAAUGGAUUUUCUUUAAUUAAGUUAAGGGAAGGGGAGGGGAGGGAGCGUCGCAGUAUUCAAGCAGAUAAGGGGACGGAAGGUGUAUUCAAGAAACGAGCAAUAUAAAAUAUAAUGAGAAUACACACCGUCUUCGCAGCGGGUUGCAAAUACGAGUCAUUAACAGUCUUUGCCCCCUUCCCCACCGUAGUCGCAAACCAACCCAACCCCUUUGUGAGCACCGCAACGGGAUCAUUCUGAAAAUCAUUUAACCCCGGAAUCA